GUGCGGUGGUACUCUCUCUCCGUUGCUUCUAGAAUGGCAACUUCCGAGUCCAUCCAACAUUUCUCAUUUUCCAUCUUCACCUUCCACUGAGCCUCAGCAGCAAACGGCGUUAGAUCCUCCCAGCUUCGUUUCGUUUUCCUUUGGUCUGAAGUGAAGUAGAUGAAGCUUUGAAGGCUCUCUUAUUUCUUUCUUUCCAACCCCACCAAAAGAUGGCAGAGGGAUGAGGUUCAACGCCAGUUCUCCUUUGUGGCUCUAAUGCCCUUCGAAGCCCAAAUCUCCUCUCCAACUGAAUUUGCUGUAGCCCACUGCUGACCAGUCAAGGAAAGAGCUAAUUCCGCAUGUUCCUUGUCCAGGGGCGGUGGAGAAGAAUGUAGUUGAUUGAUUUUGUGUUAGCCAUACAGAGAAAACACUGAUUUGAAGAUUGUCAAGGGUUUAAAUAUUUCCAUGUAUGGACUCCCAAGCAAAAAAGACAACCUUUAAAGGGGCUGUUGUCCUCCAAAUGUGAGUUUAAGGGGAGUUAUUGCAAUUUGUUCCCAAUGGUGAGAGCUUACAAAAAUAUUUAACAGAGAUAAUGCCAUUUUUGUCCAAAGCCUAUUUUGGCUCAUUGGGGAUGUUUUAGACACAGAAAUUUUAUAGAAAUUUGUAGAAUUCUGAAUGUAUGUGAAGUUCCCAAUAUGCCUUGUUCCUUGUAAAAGUAAUGUCCCAGAAAAUUCUCUAAUUAGUGAUUAGAAGAUGAUGAUUGAAAAGGCAUUUCUGUCACAAGCCAAGUUGUAGAUGGAAGGAAAUGCAACUCUAUUACAGUUAUUGCGCCACACAUCAUACCGAAAGUAAACAUUGGCCCCAUUACCCACUUGAAAUGUCACAAAUUGAAAAAAAAUCAUUGGAUCCUUUCUUGAUGAAUUUCCAAACAUUAUAGGGACCUCUUCCAUUUUGUGUUGUCCAAUCAUUGUGCUCUUGCCCAUAUCUAAAUCAAUAAUAUUCCACCAAAGGUGGUCUUUUCUCCUUCAUGAAUCUCCAUAACCACUUCCCGAGGGGGGCUUUAUUGGAAGUGAGAAGGGAUUUCAACCUUAGAACUCCUGAAUAAAUGUGUUGUUUGACCACCCCCCAUUUGACAAGGUGGUAUUUAAACUCCUCCCCUAAUCCUCCUCAAGAAAUCUUCUCUUAAUUCCCUCCAAUCUCCUAGCAACUAAGGCCAGUAAGGGAAGUAGAGACAUGAAGUGUUAAUAUUCCCAUAGCUUUUCGAGAAUGAUUUAUGGAACCCCCCCCCGGGGGGGGGCGGUGGUUGGGAUAGAAGAAGUAAAAAAUGGAAAAAUUUUUAUCUUUUGUUGUAACAAUUGUAAUAGAAGGUAUCUGUGACGGCUGCCAUCUAAAAAUUUGUUACAUAAGGGUUGCAACCGCUAUUUAAAAGCAUGAGGUGAGAUUAUCACCUUUAUUCAAGCUCUUCUUUCUAGUAUCCUUGCUUAUACUUAAAUUCUAGUAGGGGUAGGUAGGUAUAUUGAGAGCAUCAUUAGAGAUUUUCUUUGGUUUGGGUGAGAAGAAGGAUCAUUUGGUUAUUUCAAAGAUUAUUUGUGGGUCUAAGAAGAGGAGGGUUUGAGGCUUGGUAAGUUGGUGUCCAAAAACAUUGCUUUAAUGGGUAAAUGGAUUUGGUGGUUUGAUGGUUUCCUUCUGAGGAGAAUUCCCUAUGGCCCAAAGCUAUUACAAGUAAAUUUUGGAAUGUAGGUAAGUGGAUGGAUGCAAAUAUGGGUUUAAAAUGUUCCUUUGAGAGCCUAUGGAGUACAUCAAAGUUGUGGAUAAUGGUUCUCUCAUUCGUUAUUGGACGACAUUUGGGUGGGCAAUUUUUGCACUUAUCCUUUCCUUUGCAUGUAUUGGCCUUACACAUUGUAUAAUGGAGUUAUUUCUUCAAUUUUGAGUUCUAAUUGGGAUGAGCUCUCUUGAUAUUUUCCCAUUUUUAUAGGUUUACUAAUGACAAGGAGGUGCUAGAGUGUUCUUCUUUGUUGUGCUUGUUGGAGGGAUGUCGUCCUUCCAUUAGGAGGGACUAUGGGUUAUGUGUUCUUGAUCCAUGGUGGGAUUGUUCUUGUUUCUUUCUUUGAGCAUUUGAUUCUCGAAAACAUGUCAUUUUCGCUUCAUUGUAUAAUUGGAAGGCCAAAGUCCCCUCUAAGAUUAAUGCUUUUAUUUGGUUAGUUGAUCUUGAUAGAGUUAACACUAACAAUCUAUUGAAGAUUUGUGGAAGGCUUUUUAAAGCUUUAUCUUUGGAUUUUUGUAUUUUAUGUUUUGACAUUUCAUAAUUUUCUUCUUACCUUUACUCACAUUGUCCCUUUUCUUGGACGGUUAGAAUAAGUAUUUUGGAUUUUUCGAAGAGAGUUGGGUUUGUCGGUUGAGGAUUUCUUGCCGUAUUUAUUAUGAGAUUGUAGGAGUAGAAGUGGUUCAGAUUUGUGGAAAUGUGGGGAUUUUUUGCUGUUUGUGGGGCAUAUGGUUGGGACAAAAUGCGUUUAUAUUCAUGUGGAAGAAGACAUCUUGAUCUACGCUUUGGGAUAGGUUUCAGUAUGUGGCCUCAUUGUGGACUUUUGCAGCUGGUUGUUUCAUCAGGAUGCCAUUUUUUUUUUUUGGAUUUACAGCAUGAUUGGAUGUGUUGUUGUUCAGUUUUGAUUUUUUCUUCUAUGUUCUCUUCACAUCUGAGGCAGGUUUCUUAUGCUUCUCCCUGUAUAAUCUUUUUUCUUCAAAGAUUUUUUUUUUUUCCAAUAACAAAAAAAAAGGAAAAAGAAGGAACGGAAGCUUAGUUGACACUGUACUACAAAAAGGGUAUACAUUCUUUGAGAGGGUUGGAGUAACUAAUUACUUUGUUUCAGAUACAGAUAGCAUGUUUGAAUUAAGUCCAUGCAUGCUUGAGAAGGCCUUGAGAACACCCUUCUCAACUAAUGGCUAGUGGAUGGUAUAUGCAGAAGUGAAAUUAAAAAGGUUAGUUUGGCUCUGGGUUCUUGAGUGCAGAAGUCAGCUGAGCUAAAUUGGCUUCUUGACAGAGGAUUGAGGUUUGAUUGAAGAGGUUUAUUAAUAAAUUGAAAUGAUGUCAAGUGAUGGAAACACACAUUGGUGUCACCAAUGCACACAACCUGUUCGGCUUCGAGGACGAGAUGUAGUCUGCCCAUAUUGCAGUGGUGGCUUUGUGGAAGAACUUAAUGAGGUUGGGGGCUUUGGGCUGCCACAAAAUAUCUUUGGAUUUGAUUCAGAAGAUGCUUUUGAACGAGGACUUCCGGAAGAUUUUUCUGCAUAUAUGAGGCCUUCUAAUCAGCGAAGGGCUGGACUUAUGGCAGCUUUUGAGGCUUUUUUGAGGAAUAGAAUUGCUGAGAAUAGAGGGAAUUCUGGUUUGAUUGAGAAUAGAGGGGGUUCUGGUUUUGUACCUGAUCGCACUACCCGAUUGGGUUCUUCCCGUCCAUGGCUCCUGGUCCAUGGCCAAAUCCCUGUUCGGAUGUCUGACAAUAGUGGAAUUGAAAUCCUUUUUAGUGGUCGUGGGAAUGGGCAGAAUCAGAAUCGAGUUGUGAGUGCAGAUGACUUUUUUAUGGACCCAUUACUGCAUGAACUGCUUCAGCAUCUUUCCAUGAAUGACCGUCAAGGCCCACCCCCAGCAUCUCAAUCUUCAAUAGAUGCAAUGCCCACCAUUAACAUCACACACGGUCACCUUCGCACUGAUUCUCACUGCCCUGUUUGUAAAGAUAGAUUUGAGUUGGGCACAGAAGCAAGGCAGAUGCCAUGUAACCAUAUAUAUCAUUCGGAUUGCAUCACUCCUUGGUUGGUUCAGCACAACUCUUGCCCUGUUUGCCGCCAAGAGUUGCCUCUAAAUGGUUCGAGCAACACUCGUGGCUAUCCAAGUUCAAGUCGUGGGAGCAGAAGUAGCAGUAAUGGUAGCAGCACCAGCAGCAGGGAGAACACUGGACAGAAUCAGGGAAGAAGAAAUCCAUUAUCGUUCUUGUGGCCUUUUCGCUCAUCAAGCCCAAAUACUGAGCAUUAUGAAGAAACAGGAGGGAGCCACAGCUCAACACCCACAUACGAGCAGAGUAAUGAGAUGGGUUAUGGAUGGCGUUUUGAUUACUAAGAUCUUGUGUGUUGCUUCAGUUGCUUUCUUUCAUUCCUGUAUGCAUGUUCAGAUUUUCAGAAUCAACAAUGGAACUUGGUAAAUAUGCUAGGCAGAACAUAAGUGGUUGAGAUGUUUCAUUCCUCCCCCACCCCUUCUCCUUCCUCCCGCCUCCCUCCUCCCAAAGAAAGCAACUGGUGAGUUGGUUUAGAAGUUGGCACAUAUGCUUGAAAAUCCGUUCAAGAAAUAUUUGAAACCUUAAAGUUGUUCCAUAAUAGAAGUUUCAAAAUUUGCUUGUAAUGGUUAACAAUAUGAUCCUAGAAAAUAUUUAUUCGAAGGUGAUUUGGUGCUUCUUAUCUUAAUGAGCAAAUGAUUGUAUUAUGAAUA